CGCUGGCGGCGGAGGCCGGGCACCCAGGGCCGCUCCCCACGCGAGAAAGCAGGAAGGAAGGAGCAAAGCCCCCUUCCCAAGGAUGACACUAAACACCCAGCAAGAAGCAAAAAACUCCCUGCGUCGGCGAGCCAGCACCCCUCUGCCCCUGGCCCCUCGGGGUGGCCAGCCCGGCCUCUUGUGCACAGCACCUUCUGCCAAACCACAGCAUCCGCGGCUGGGCCAGUCAGCUUCCCUCAACCCUCCUGCCCGGCAGCCUUCGCCUGUGCCCAUCUGUUCGUCCUCUGAAUCCAGUGACUCUGAGGGCUCCUGGGAGGCCCUGUACCGCGUGGUGCUGCUUGGGGAUCCUGGUGUGGGGAAGACCAGCCUGGCCAGCCUCUUCGCAGGGAAGCAGGAGCGGGACCUCCAUGACCAGCUGGGAGAAGAUGUGUACGAGAGGACCCUCACCGUGGACGGAGAGGACACCACGCUGGUGGUCAUGGACACCUGGGAGGCUGAGAAAAUGGACGCGCGCGGGAGCCAGGAGUCGUGCCUGCAGGUGGGCAGCGCCUACAUCAUCGUGUAUUCCAUCGCAGACAGAGGCAGCUUUGAGAGCGCCUCUGAGCUCCGCAUUCAGCUGCGGCGCACACACCGGGCAGACCACGUGCCCAUCAUCCUGGUGGGCAACAAGGCAGACCUGGCCCGCUGCCGGGAAGUGUCUGUGGAAGAGGGUCGCGCCUGCGCAGUGGUGUUCGACUGCAAGUUCAUUGAGACUUCAGCCACCUUGCAGCACAACGUGGCGGAGCUCUUCGAGGGCGUGGUUCGCCAACUGCGCUUGCGCCGCCGGGACAGUGCGGCCCGGGAGCCACCAGGGUCGCGAAGGCGGUCAAGCCUGGGCCAGCGAGCUCGUCGGUUCCUGGCACGCCUGACAGCACGCGGCGCCCAGCGCCAGGCGCUCAAGGCGCGGUCCAAGUCCUGCCACAACCUCGCCGUGCUGUGAAGCCGCCCUCCAUCCAGCGGUGCAGACACUAGCGCACAUUAUGGGCUCCGCAGGUGCCACCUAGGUGCAAAGGCCCCGGUGUCCUGGAGUUCACUUGGCAGACCUUACCUGCCUGCUUCCCCGAGGGUCGCAGCAUCUCCAGAGCCCAUCUUUAGGGGACCCCGCCACAUGGGGAAGCUAUGGACAGGCAGGAGCGGAAGCCCCAAACUGGACAGACUGGGGUCUUCAAACGGUGCCUGUCUUUUUGCAAAAAUAUUCCUUGUUUCUUGACUCUGACCUGAUUGACUCUGGUCCAUCCUCAGAGACACCCCCAACACCCAAUAAAGCAGA